CCGCAUAAUGACAAUCAAAGACCUGGUGCCAUUUCCCGGCACUCAUUGAAAUGUAAAUGUAGAUCAUCUGAUGAGGCCACCAUGUCUCUUCAACGACGGCUAGGCACAGCCUUUUUCCGGUGCGCCGGAUUGGAGGAAACCCGUUGCUGCUAGCACCGACGCCUUGGCUUGCAGGGGUUUCGGGCUUCGAGCCUGGAUAUCAGUCAGGCCGGCUCAAUAACAAGGUCGGUGGCUGCGCUCGGAUCUACUGGAGUCCGGAAACCCCCGACAGCUUCCGCACAUGCUGAUUGCUUUUGUGUGGUAUAUCACGAGGCAGCAGAUUCAUCAACUGCCCAUGUCUGAAGGACUUGUUCAAGGUACGGUGCUCGAUGCGGAAAGGUUGAUGUGUUAUUUUAUUCCAGCCGAACGAGCGGAAUCUUUCGUCGGGCAGGAGGACUUUGAUGCGAGGGAUCUCAUGACCGGAGACCAUUCCGAGCCGAAAAAAUUUGCGCUGGAGCGGUCGUCCUGCGGCCAGGGCGAAGCAGGUGAGUUUGUGGCGUGCGGCCCACCCCCUGUUACCCAACUCUCUGCCCGACACCUUCCAUGUCAAAUGCAAGCGACGAUUGUCACUUUCGGACGAGUUGCUUUUGAUGUACCUUGGGGUGACUCGAGGCGUCACACGCCUUGGAAGAGGAGGCUAGACGCGUGGCUACCGGUGAACGCCAUGGAUCUGGCUCGGUCAGGUCAGCGGUGGUCAUGACGGUCGGUGCGUUGGACAGCCAGGAACUUCUAUUGCCAUGACUGCCCGCACGUGUCUGCCGCUGUCGCAUCGGAUACUUCUGCCCUCGCGUCAUUGAUCUCAUAUCGUUGAGACGGCUCCCUUUGUGUGGUGGCUCAACGCUCUAGACAAGCAAGUCAUCCUCAUGGUCGCGGAGCCGGGGAAGCAGCCGUGCUGUGUCCUAGUCCGCCGAAAGGGGCCCAGCUGGGCAUCGCUGGCCCCUCGACAUUGCAUGGCAACGAAGCUGGCUAAGAGCGGACACCAGGAGUGAGCCUAUGCACGCGGGAAUUCCGCUCUGGAGCCAGCAUGGCGUGUGCGAGAGGUGCUGGAUUGGGAGGCAGUGGAGGCGGAACCGUGACCAGAGCGUGCAUCUGGUGUGAGCUGUCCUCCGUAGCUUCCCCAUGCCGAGCUGGGCAGACCUCCUCCCCCCUUCCCAUUGACACGC